AUGGGUAGGAGGCAAAAUCCUCUCAUUGGCGAGUACUUCCAACGCGGCGCCAAAAUUGGCGACUCCUCUAAUCGUUACGCCCAAACUUGCAGGCGUUGCGGCCAACAAUUCCCGAAGGGCCGAAAUGAAUGCCUUGUUGCACAUUUGACCAAGAAAUGCGCAUCAAUGUCGUAUGAAGAGCGUACGAAGAUUGUCUUGCGCCUCCACAAUCUGGCUCUUCCAAAUGUCAAUCCAAACGUAACUAUGACGCCCACUUCUAGUAAAAUAGGAGCGACAAGAGAUGCCACACAAGGACAACACCGUGACAAUGUCAAUCAAGCACACAGACAACAGAAUUUCAACGGCCUGAAUGUAUUGGCUGAAGCCUCUCGUCAAGUUGGAGGGAACGGACAGCCCGACUCGGGCUACAUUUCCGCAGAGCAAGCUCAAAUUCCUGCCCAGAGUCAUUCUCAUGCUCUUCCAGUUGAUCCACGGCUGGAAUCAGAUGCCAUGACCUUAACCGCAGAUCUCGACAAUGACAUGGGCAUGAGGAAUAGUGAAGGAUUUAUAGCCACAACUGCACCGAGCCUUGCGUCCAUGUACCCAUUUGCUACUAAUGGACAUCCAGUCAGUCACGACGACGCCCCGUCACUUCAGAACGUUAACGGCCAUACGCCGGAUCUCACAACUAUUGCUGCCUCGGCCACCGAAACACUUGCCAAUGGGAUGAUCGACGGUGACUUGGGCGUGGGACAUGAUGUCUCAGCUGCCAUUCUUUCUGAUCUAACCUGGCCAACAAUGGCCACAUCCCAAGCUUUUACCCAGGAGGCUGAAAACACACAUACAGCAUCUGUGACGGGCCGAAGUGCAGCCGAGCGUCCCCCUCAGAAUUUGCGUCCGAUUGCCAUGAAUCCUGAUCCUCAAACAACACGUUUUGUGACCGAUUCAGGAACGGCGGAAAAGGGGUCAAAGGCAAAACCUCGUGGCAAGUUUGCCCCGGAACGACGAAAAGAAGUUCAAGAAGUGCGCAAGCUCGGUGCUUGCUUGAGAUGUCGAAUGCUUAAGAAGGUCUGCUCACAAGAGACUCCCUGCCAGACUUGUUCGGCGGUAGAAAGUCCUCGGCUGUGGAAAGAUACGUGCAUCCGCACCAAACUCGUGGACGAGUUUCCUCUUUACUCAGUGACGCUCUUUGCUUCCCUGGCAUUUCAUCAGAUUACUGCUUUGAAGUCUGGCAGCAUAAUUCAGCAGUCUGAUAGUCUUAUCGAGGCAUAUCACUUCGCAAAUACGAAAAUUGUCUUCAAAAGUCUCAAAGCCGCCCGUUUACGGCAAGAUCGGCCUCAAACUGGACAGCCUGACGGAUUAAUCAGUGAAUUCACAUUCGUUAUCGACUCCGACAGCGAGAGUGGCGGGCAUGAUGUCGAACGAUAUCUCCAAGCAGUUCAUAAUGAUGUGGUCGAUCAGGAGCCGUCGGUAUUGAUGAAGACAAGCCUUGGAUUCGCAGUUACGAUCCACGAAAAUCAAAUCAAUUUGAGGACUGAGAAGGUCGACAACCUCAUUUCAGAAGUCAUCGAGCUCUGGGUUGCCACUACGAUUCUCACCGACCCGAACAUGAGACCCCAGUUUGCUGUCAAUAAUGGUGAGACUGAUAGUCGCAAUGUGAUUGAUGAGGAAUUGUCACCACUUUCUUAUUUCGUGAUGACCCUGCAAUUUCGAGCAGCCGUCGAAAAAAGAGCAGGCGAUCUUUGGAAAGGGGCCGUGCACCAGUUGGAACAGCGUCUACUUUCUCGAAACAGAGCAAGCAACUUUGAGACCUUCUUGACCGCAUUUAUCAUGCUAAACUGUGCAGAGCGCAUGUCCUGGCUUUAUCAGGCAUGGGAGGAAGAAGAAUUGCGACCAGCCCUUUGGCCGCUUGAACAUCAACCACAGAUAUAUGUCAAGAGAGCUAAGACUUUCGCGAAGAUAAUUCACUUGAUGUUACAUCUUCGUCAGCUGGAGCCGAAAAUCACGGUCGACCCCGAGUCUCGAAUUAUUGUUCCUCGCCACAAUGGAGACGCGAACCUUUCCCUGUGGCUUGCGAGCGUUCGACUUACUCAAGAUUCCUUGAUGGUAUGUGAAUCCGCACAAUUCGAUCCGAGAGAUGGCAGGUCUCUGGAUGGAUCCCUGUCAACUCGCUUGCUCCGACUUUAA